AUGAAGGUGCAUGUACGCAAUUGGCACCCGAUAGGCUACUGGCACUGGAACGUACGCGAUCCUGAUGACGUAUGUGGUAUUUGCCAGAACUACUUUGAUGGCGUAUGUGGCGCCUGUCGUGAUCCUGGAGAUGCAUGUCCCUUAGCCGUCGGCGAAUGCAGCCAUGAAUUCCAUUUGCAUUGUAUUACCAAAUGGCUCUCGGAAAAGCAUGAACCGUUGUGCCCCUUAUGCAAGCGGCCAUGGGUGGAAAUCCCUCCCGACCAUGCUAUCUCGUCUUCCGCUACGUAG